AUGUCACCACCACCUCGCCAAAACAUCAGCUCCGCAGCCAUGAGUCCUCGAACAUCUUGUGAGGUCGUCCACCAGCCACAGCCGCCCACCGUUCUACAAGGCAUUCCGGCAGUAUCAUAUGAGACGAUUCCGCCGCUUCAGACGCCCAUGUCCAGUGCAAAAGGUGUACUCGACAAUGUUUCAGAGUUCAAUCUGAAAGAUGAGGAAAAGGCUGUUACCAGCGACGAAGCUCUCAAGGGCAAGACAGCAAGAGACACCCGCCAGAAACGUCGUUGGCACUGGAUCUUUGGCCCGAUCAUGCAAGCGCUCUAUUCCCUCGCUGCAGGACUUGUAUUGGAUUACGUUCUCGAUAGGGCCAUCCCCGAUCGCAAGAUCUGGGCUCCGAUAGUCUUCUCGAUUGGGACGUUCUGUGUGUGCUUCGCAUUCGGCUUCAUCGUCAAGAUCGCCAUGGAACAUUGUCCCAACGCAUGCAAUCAAUGCCAAACAGGAAACGCAACUGCCUCUGCUAUUAGCAACGCAACUUCCUCUGCUAUGAGCCACGCUACAUCAACAGCUCUAAGCAACGCUACUUCAAAUGCUCUGAGCAACGCUACUUCAACUGCUCUGAGCAACGCUACUUCUUUCGAUAUGAGCAACGUUACUUCAUCUGCUCCGUGA